GAGAGAAGGUGCUGAUGAUUUACUGUGUCUGAGCUGUCCUCAAGGACAGAUUCAUGAAGGUUCACUUAGUUCAAACCACGGGGCUGGUCCCGAAUGCAACCGUAUGGUCCCACCCUGUCAACCGCACACCAGCCCACAGAAGAGGAGGAGAAACACAGAGUGAAACUGUUAUCACCAAAAACAACAGUAUAGCUCUGUUGCUUGCAAAAGAUGUCCCAGAGAGGAAGUUGUCAUCAGAGGAGGAGGAAGCCAAGCGUAUAGCGGAGAUGGGGAAGCCAGUGUUGGGGGAGCAUGCUAAGCUGGAGGUCAUCAUUGAGGAGUCCUAUGAGUUCAAGAGCACCGUGGACAAGCUGAUUAAGAAGACUAAUUUAGCAUUGGUGGUCGGCACCAACUCCUGGAGAGAACAGUUCUUGGAGGCCAUCACUGUCAGUGCAGGAGAUGAGGACGAGGACGACACAGGGGAAGAGCGACUCCCUUCCUGCUUCGACUACGUCAUGCACUUUCUGACGGUGUUCUGGAAGGUUCUGUUCGCCUGCGUCCCGCCCACGGACUACAUGAGCGGCUGGGCGUGCUUCGUGGUGUCCAUCGCCAUCAUCGGCCUGCUGACGGCCGUCAUUGGCGACCUGGCGUCCCACUUCGGCUGCACCAUCGGCCUCAAGGACUCCGUCACUGCCGUGGUGUUCGUGGCGCUUGGCACUUCUGUCCCUGACACGUUUGCCAGCAAGGUGUCAGCGGUCCAGGACUCGUAUGCCGACGCCUCCAUCGGGAACGUGACGGGCAGCAACGCCGUCAACGUGUUCCUGGGCAUCGGCGUGGCGUGGUCCGUGGCCGCCAUCUACUGGCACUCCCAGGGCAAGCAGUUUGUGGUGGACGCCGGCUCACUGGCCUUCUCCGUCACCCUCUUCACCAUCCUUGCCUUCCUGGCCGUGUCCGUGCUGCUGUACCGGCGCCGGGCCCACAUCGGGGGGGAGCUGGGGGGCCCGCGGGGGCACAGACUGGCCACCUCCGCCUUCUUUUUCAGCCUCUGGCUGCUCUACAUCCUGUUCUCCAGCCUGGAGGCCUACUGUCAUAUACAGGGCUUCUGAGGCCCUAAUCUGGCUGCCCAGGAACGCCUCGGCCCGUGAACACGGAAUGAAAACGAAACGGUUCAAAGUACAACUCCCGAAACGAAAAGUGUGGAUUCUCAAGUGUGGAAAUUGCUCGGUCGCUUACAAACGUAAAGAUGGAAAGAUAAGGGGAGGACGUGGGGAUCACUGUCCAACCCUGCCCCACCUCCCUGCCUCCCUCCUCCUCUCUCCCACCCUCUAGGCUCUCGGGACACCCAGGAGAGCGAGGCCUGCUCCCUUGAGAGGCUCAGAGCCCAUCUGGUCUAGCCUGGGUGUGCUUACAUCCCGGGGGGGGGGGGGAGGGCUGUGAGGACCAAGCUCUGGGAGGGGUCAUUCCACAGGACCACCGCAGGCCCAGGCUGAGAGAUCUGAGCUGUCAAGAGAUCUAUAUUUUUCUCAACACCUGAUGAGAACAACUUUUUUUAAAUGAAGUAUUUUGGGGAUAAAAAUGCAAACAAACAAAGAAACAAAAAAAAACUACCAAAAAAAGGAAUCAAAUAAACUAUUUUCUGAUCUAUAUUAAGGAUGACAAAAUAAUAAUUCUAUCAUAAAGGAAAAAUGUUGUUGAAAGACAGUUGAAUGGACUCAUUAAAGUAUUUAUUUUUUAUUUGAAUAGUUUCCUAAGGCUCGCUGCAGUUUUCAGAUUUCACACCGACAGGAGGAGCAACAACAUCAUACUGGCAUAACAACUCAGCAGUCCAGCAAGGCCGAGCAGAGGUGAAGGAGAGGAGGAACAUUAGCAAACUGCCCUGAGCAUUACUGCAGUACUAUAUACGUAUCUAUAUAUAAUAUAUUUCCAUAUUUUCUGUAUAUUUUGAAUAUUUAUUUCAAUGUGCAUUCACAUUCAGCAGUGUCAUCCGAGGAUUGCUGUGGCUUGGGGGGGGGGGGGGGUCAUGUAUCAUGAAUACAAAAACGAUGUCUUCACAUUUUUAAGAGUUGUAUAUCUUAGCUUGUUAAAGAAGUGCGUUGUACUUUAUUUAUUAAUAUUUCGGUCUCACAUUUUGAAUCAGAUAUCCCAAAAACGUGUUUUGCUGCGGGGAAAGUCUGAGGUAUUUUUAUACUGUUUCUUCCAUGCACUUUGAUGUGUAGUCCUAUUUAUGGAAACUCUUACUCGCACAAACGUGCAAAGCGGCCAAUAGUGACUAGCCUACUACAAAUCUGCUGACUGUCAGGAGCACCUGCAACUGCUGCAUCUACAGUUGGGCAAGAAGACAGGAAACUGGAACAGGGAAACGUUUGUGAGGAGUUUGGCUCUCAAAGAUUAACCCUAACUAAGGCUAACCUAAACCAUUUGGUUCAGUUUAAUUUGAUCAGUCAAGAUGGUGGGUGGAAAUUAAGGUGAUGAUCUGUAAACUGCUGCUAGUAUGUGUUUGAAGACAGCAACUAGACUGAGUUUGGAGAGAAAUAGGCAUUAUUAAAAUGCUGUUAAAUGCCUAAUAAAACUGAAACAGUGAGGGCGAGAGAGAAAAUGUCUGAAUAUUGAUUUGAAACUCCUAACAAUCACAUAUUUAUAAUUUGCGUGAAAUUUUUUACUGACAUAAUCAGUCAUCGUUGGCUCAAAUCAGUAUGAGAACCAAAGAGAAAUGUUAAAGCAUUUUUAAAGGGCGACAGGAAGCAGCAGUAACACUCUUUGGCCAGUAGGGGGAUGUCGCUUUCUUCUGCUCCACUUUUCAUGACUUCCUGUUUGUGAGUUGUCCUUCCCUGGCGGUGAGCAGACUUGUACAUAUGUACCUGGUUACUGGAGAGAGACAGAGCAGAUGAUCUCCCCAGGCCAAGGACAAUACCUGCUCUCUCUGUCUGAUCUCUCUCUACUCUCUGUUACACCUGCUCUCUUACUGCUCACUCUCUCUCUUUCUGCUCUCUCUGCUCUCUGGCAAAAGGGCACUAGCUGCUGUUUGAGUGUAACUGAGAAGAAUGGACCCAUUAUUUUCUCUAAAACACAAUACGACUGAAUUUAGAUUCAACCACACGUCAAAACAAGUAGUGAUACCAAAAACAACAGUUACUCAAUUUUGACCAAAUGGCCAGUUGCUGCCCCUUUUGCUUGGGGGUGCAGAGGGCAUGUCAGCAGAAGUGUGUACGCAUCAACACACAUCUCUAGUUUGUUUACAUGGAGGCUUCGUCAUGGAAACAGACAACGUACAUGCUAACUGUAUCCUGGAGAAACAGUAACAAACAAAAAUAUACUGUAUGUUUUGGUUGUGUUCUUAUUAUGCGACCUCAAAUGAAAGGAUGUCAUCCAGUGGUCUUAAGUUCUACUGUCCAAGGUUAUUAUGGGGGGGAGGCACUGUCAAUUAUUGAUCAUUGAUUCUUUGGUAGCUAAUCAUUGUAUUUAUCCUGUUUCUCUGUAUGAUUUUAUUUGAGAAGAAUCACACAUUCUGUGUGUAGACAGGAUUCAU